AUGAAGCUCAACAUAUACAAAACAGCUGCUGCUGCUUGUUUAGCAGUAAGCUUAGGCUUCUCUUCAGUUCUAGGUGCAGAGUUAUUGCUGGGUGUUAUAGAGGCUCCAGAAGAAGGAUACAAAGCAGUAGACUACUGCCGACGAGGCAAGAUAGGGCUGCCGAUGAAAGAGUUAAAGAAGAACGAAACAGCAGUCCAAGACCUUCGCACUACGUUUGAAGGUCUUCUUCUGACAUCUCCUCAGACUUGUGCGGAUUUCUAUGUCAACUUCAAAACCAUGGCUGGGUUUUAUAUUUUGCUGGACUACACCGAGAAGAAAGACGAACAUACUCCGAUUGAUUUCUUUGACUUAAUGCAAGAGGCGCUCGAUACCGGCUUGCCUGUCUUUGGGUGA